ACUGACUGAUGGACGCGCAAAAUAAAGAGGGCAAGGCAGACCAGACCAACACCUCGUCUGGCAGGCGGAGAAGAUGAUGAGGAGAUCGACGACGGGCCUGACGGACGUGUCGGCGUCCACUGUGGUGCAUGUUCCGCCUCCUCCGCCUCCUUCAUCGCAGCAACUCAGCUCUUCGGGUCGGUACGCAGCCGGCCAGGGGGAAGACGAGCGAGAAGCGGGGCCGAGUCGGCGCCACCAAUUCGACUGGAAGGUGCCGCUGUCUCGACGCAAUCGCGACAAGCGGCCACCGCCGUCCCAGACGGUCGUCGAAGAUGACGAAGAAGGAGCGCAGAGGGCCCGGGGCGUCAAGAAGAGGAGCGAGGUCGAUCGUGCGAUGCUGCGCACAGACUGGAGGCAGAGGCCCUUGUAUGCCAUCGAGCGGCGGCGUAGCCUUAGCCCAACUCCGGAGAGAGGCGGCUCAAAGGACUGGCGUGACAUCUUGGCUGAUGGGUCUCUUGCCGCCGAGGAUGCGGAAGAUGAGCUGGACGCGGAAGAGGCAAUACGACUGGAGGAGCUUGAAGAGGCCCAACGUGCCAGGUGGAUUGAGGAUCUCGCAGAGGAGAGACGUUGGAAUGAUACCAGAAGAAGAAGGCCGUUCAAGACGGGAAUAGCUCCUCUGGACGAUGUGCUAGCGUCCAGUGCGACCAGCAUUCGGCAUCAUGUCGAGAUCAUUGGACCACCAUCGAGCGGAAAGACGAGCAUGGUCAUCCGGAUUGCAGUCGUCGAGCGACUCGACUCGCUGUGGGCCCUGAGCGAAGGCAAGCGAGAUGAGCUGGGCAGCUGCUGGAGAGAGGCCUCAAAAGAAGCUGCCAACGUCACGGUUCUUGACACCGAGGGUAGCUUGACUGCAUCGAGGAUCCUGCAGGUGGCAGCCCCGCUUGUAAAGGCGAGACUCAAGACUGCACACACGUCAUCGACAAAUAAACUGCUCCGAACAGUCCUCGCAGGGAUCCGCUUGACGAGAAUUACGACCCUGUAUGAGCUGACGGCAGCCCUCCGAUCGCUGUGUCCAAAGGAGUACGCCAAGGCUCAACCGCUCGCGAGAAGGGCGUCUAGCGCCAUGAGGGAAGAAGAGGAGAAACGGCGUCGAGACCUUGAUGCCAUGAGCCAGACCAAGUCACUAGGUCCACACACGUCGCUGGUCAUCAUCGACAGCCUCUCCUUUCUCUUUCGAGCGCCGCCGUCCAAGGACGCAACGAUCAGUCGAGCGAGAUUGACGGCCCUGGAGGAGGUGCGCGACUUUGCGCACAGGGCGGUGCAGAAGCGCGGCCUUGCUAUCGCAUUCACGAAUCAGAUGGCGUUCAAGGUCGUAAGCCGCGAGGGAAACCUAACGACGUUUGAGGACAAGAACGGCACGAGCAGGCUAUUUGCUGCCCUUGCCAACCGCGACGGUCAGACUGGAUCAACAGAAGAGACGAGCUUCAUGGGGCCCCAGGUCAGCCGUCUGCUCCUCUUUCGCGCUGGCAGCGAUGGAAGCCGCUUCAUUAAGGUCCUUGGCCAUGACACUUCCUGGAUACCGUACGUCUGGGAUCAGAAGUAGUGCAAAUACAGACCACCACCCCUCUUGUCAAACACCAUCACGUGGCCUGUUACACGGGCUGAGAAUAGAAC